GAGAGAGCGUUGAGCAAGCAGAUCCAGUUAGUUAGUUACACGAAGCAGCCUAGCGAGAUGGCUAAGCCUCUCUGUCUCGAGAGAAGGUCGAUUUGCCUAAGCGUGAGAAUGAACCAAUGCAACCCGGAGCUUCCGGGAGUUUGCCUAGCGCAUACAAAUCAGCGUCGGGCUCCAAGUGUCAUCAUCCUGACACUGUUACUGUUCCAUUGGCUGCGUUAAAAGGGUGCCUUUGGAAAGCAUGGUGGGUUUCCAGAAACCUCUGGUGAACGGCUUCCUUCGUAGAAAGGCAGGUUUGAAAAACCCAGAAGGGUGGUGUCAAACCUGUGAGAGCUAGUUCGGUCCUCGCAAAGAUUUAAUUUGCGGUGGAAACUAUUAAGAAGAGGUUGUGUUUAUUUUGAGAGGUGUGUGAGGAAUGGAAGUAAAUUGGUGGACGGAGGCGGGUCCUCACGUGUUUAGAAUUGUAGAUGGCGAUUGAUUCCGGUGAUGCCUUUAGAGGCUAGACCUGAACGCAGUAUUAUGGUGUUGCUUAUGUGCAUGGUUGAGAGGCAGGAACAUAUGGCAGCGUUUUAAGAACCCGAAAACUUCUUUUUUGUUGUUUUAUUUUGUCAUUAGUGGGGGGGGGGUGAGUGGGAUUAAAUGCUUCAAUGAAUCUUUUCAGUCAUUGUUUACUGGAAAAAAAACAUGUAAGUUCUCUUAAUAAUUGGAAUAGCUGGUAAAAUGUGAGAGUUGUAUGCAAUGUUUUCAUAGCAGCAAUUGUGCAUGGUUCACCCAAAUCGAGAUUAUUUCUUACCUAUUUGUACAGAGGAAAAUAUUUCUGACUGCGACUGAAAUAUAUUGAUCCCCGCCGUUGAGGAGGAUUAGCGAUUUUCUUAAAUAUUAGAAAAAUAGGUUUUCAACACCCCCCUCAAUCCAUUCUCCGAGUUGAUAAAGAAUUACGUGUACAUUACAUUGCAGUAUCCUCUUGACUAUAGCUGCAGUAAAUGUCGGAUUAUUUAUCGGCGAGAAAUCUACUCAGUACUGCCACUGUGUGGCCUUUAAAGGUAUUAGCCGCUGAAGGUCGGGGGCAGCCACCAGGUACAUAAAUAAUUAAGAGAGAGCCGAUAAAUAAAUCACGACUGAAUGGGUUGCUUAUCGUUGUGGACCAUAUACACGCGGAGAUGGUGUUCUCUUUUCCCAGACACUUUUUGUAUUUUAAAUGUACGCAGGGGAAGGCCGAAAAACCCCUGAAAAUAUGAUUACGCUAACACUAGCAGGACGACCUAGAGAUGCCGACUUUAUCUCGAGGGUUACUACGGUAAUACAUGCCCCAUCUAAACAAUGGCUCGGACUGAGAUUUCUGUUUGGGUUAGAUUUGUUAGCUAAAUCUUGCUUCUCCGUUACCUUCCGUGAACACAAGAAUUUGAUAGUAAGUUUGUACCUUCAUAGAAAAGGAGUUUUUAAACUUAAAUAGAGCUACCGCCCCCUCUCCUUCCUCACUCCCCUGCCCCACCACCUAUGUUCCAACUUUGUUUGACUUAUGGCUUGGAUUGAAUGAAAGGAAGGGGGAGAGGGGUAAUGGGAGGCCCUCAUUGUUAAAAUGGUAGUCACACGUUUUAAAUCAAUGGAGGCUGUUAUUUGAAAGAGUUCUGAAGCCUGACCUGCUUUGCUGUGUGUUUUUUAAGGGCCCAGCCAAGUUGUUUACCUUCCUUCAUUAAGAAACUGUCUCAGAGAAUGUGUCUGGAUUCCUCUGGGAAGGUGCAGACUUUGGCAAAACUUCUGUUUAACAGAUGUGUGUCUCCAAAUGUCUAGAUGAAAGGAGGGGGAAAGUGUAUUCUUAGUACAGUUUCAUUUCCUGGACCACGGCCAUUUCUUCUUUUUUAAUUUGCUCUGGUUGGUGUUCAAUAAUGAUAUAUAGAUUUUAUCCCUUCUAUUUAGAAUUAUGCUUGCCGUGGAUAUAAAAGUUCAGGAAGAUUUCCCUGUUUGUUGCAUUAAAUUUACAAAUAAUUACAUUUUUCCUAGCUAUUUACAUUUUUGCACAUUGUACAAGUUGGCAAUUGACUAAUGAAAAACGAACCAAUAUGUAUAUAAAUUUACAAUUUAACAAAUAUACUCCAUUUAUAAAAUGUUUUGGUUCUAUAUAUGGUGAUGAUUACUACAUAUAAGCCAGUAUUCUCUCUGUGUGUGUCUCUCAUUUCUUUCUCUCACUUUCUUGUCUUGUAUUGUAAAAUAUUUUAAAAGAAUUCAUUUUUGAUACAGAUGACUAUUCUCCAUUUUGGAGACUAUUUUCUAAAACAUCCCAAAAUUUACAUUUAUCAAUCUUGUUGGAAGGAUUUCUGAAACUUCCCUUCCUUAAGAACCAAAAGAAAGCUGGCAACCAGAAGGGGAUGUUGGUGGUGACAGCAGCUAUUUUAACUUACUGUUGUUUUAGAGAUACCUAAUUGGAGUCAAGAAAUUAAAAAAUAGCCAAUUGGCCAAAGGCCUUGUGGUUUUCAAGCCAAUGAAGUAGCCAUUUAGGAAAUAGAACACCUGAGAAAGGAGGAAAACAAUUGGCACAAGAUAUGUGGCUUUAAUCUUAUUCAUAUUUCCUGGGAGGUAAGGCUGAAAUGAUUCAGUAGAAAUCAUUUCUUUCAGAAGUUGCCAACUUCCUUGUAAAAGUUCUCCUUGCUUUCCAAGUUUCUCAUUCCCGUAACAGUUUUGUAACUUCAAGGGUAAAUAAAUAUUUUCCCAUUGUAUUUUGAAACUACUGUCAAGUUUGCAGAUUUCAAAAUGUGUAUCUGCUGACUCUUUCUUUCUUUCUUUCUUUCUUUCUUUCUUUCUUUCUUUCUUUCUUUCUUUUUUGGUUUAUUGGUCUUCUUUCUUAAGAUGGGGUGACUUAAUUGUUCCCCACCUUCCUGUGAGAUUCAUUAUAACAACAGACUGAAGUUACAAAGAUUUUAUUUGGGGAGUUAAAAGAGUAACAACAGGGGGAAAAUUUUAUUGGAAUAAUUUCCUCUCUUCAAAGCCGCAGCUAACAUCCUCAGAGAGGUUUCCUUUGAAUACCCCCACUGACAACAAAUAAAGGGCAGCAGCAGCAGCAACAACAAUUGUGUCGGAGAAUCGCCGUUUCCUGUCCGUUUCAGAGCUGAGAAUUAAAUUAACUGCAUUAUAUUAUCUGGAUCAUCUUGAACAGAAGGGAUUAUUAUUAUUAUAAUUUUAGCCCUUCUCAAGGAUGUCGAUGCACGCAUACACUCUCCCACGCACGUUUCAUUAGAAACAGGAAAAUGAAAUCAUGAAAAUCGGCUGGAUUUCAAUUGCCCAUUACGUGUGCUGGAAAAUAUUCCAUAUGCUUUGGGCACCCUCGUUUCAUUGCUUUUGACUCGGGCAUGAAGGGAAACGGUUCAACUGAGACCGAAUCUCCUGUUCGCCCGUUUGUUUCUAAACCAGCAGAUUCUCUCUUUUUGGAGACCGUAGUCAAGUUCCCACUUUUAAGCGUUUCUUAGACACCGCCUCUAAACCACGCGGUUUCUUUGCUUUUCGUCUCUGCGGCGGGACUGGGACACAGAUCCCUAAGCUCCUGGCAAGAGACUGAAUAAACGGGGGGCUGAAUAAACGGGGGGGGGGGAUAGACCACGGCUUUUGCAAGAUAAGUUUUCGGGGGUGCCUCUUUGCUGUAAGCAGUCAUCUCCCCGUCGCUGGGAGUGUCUCCCUGGCGUCAUUUCUUCAUUUAGAUGGAAAUAACCCGCUCGACCUACAGACUGACGAGCACCCAUUUCCUCCCCGGGGGUUACCCGAGGGCAAUUCCUCCCCGCAGCCCUGCUCUCCCGGUUGGCGCUGAGAAGAGCGGGCGGUGGCCAGCUGCCAGGCUCGGCGGCGGGGGGGGGGGGAGCGGCGGAGGAGGAGGAGGUGUGUGUGUGUGCCGGUGGAGGGGGGUUGUUUGGAACUUUGCUGGCUCGGUAGCGGCGGAUCCCAGGGGAGAAGGCCGUCCGCCGCUCGCUCAUUGGCCGCCGCGCCGUCAGCUGGUUCGAUUUGCUGCUGUCGCUUUUGGCGCUCGGCCAUCCAGAAACAAACCACACUCGCAUGACUACUAAUAGUUAUAUAGCCAGAUGUACUAAUACACAACAAAUCAAGGUCCGGGAUCUGGGGAGCGUCCAUGAGUUCCUAUUUCGUGAAUCCCGCUUUCCCAGGAAGCUUGUCAAAUGGACAAGAGUCCUUCCUGGGGCAGAUCCCCCUCUAUCACCACCCAGCCGCUGGCUACGAGGCUCUUAGGCACUUCCCAGCUUCUUAUGGGGCCGGCAGCCUGCAGGAGAAGCCCUACUCUUCCCCUAGCUUCUUCCAACAGUCCAGCCCCAGCACGGUCAUCGCCUGCAACCGGGCAGCCUAUGAUUACGGAGCCUCUUGCUUCUACUCGGACAAGGACCUGGGCGGUGCCUCCCCGCCCUCCGGCAAUGGCAAACCAAGGGCCAGCAACCCCGGGGACUACUUGCCCUGCUUUGCCUCUGACCAGCAGUACAAGCCCGAAAACGUGGCAGCCAAAAUCCUAAACGAGGAAAACAGUGACCGGAAAUACACCAGCCCUGUUUACCCUUGGAUGCAAAGGAUGAAUUCAUGUGCUGGUACAGUAUAUGGAACGCAUGGGAGACGGGGCAGGCAAACCUACACCAGAUUCCAAACGCUAGAGUUAGAAAAAGAAUUCCAUUAUAACAGAUAUUUAACCAGAAGGCGUCGGAUUGAGAUUGCAAAUGCUCUUUGCCUUACCGAACGACAGAUUAAAAUCUGGUUUCAAAACAGGCGGAUGAAGUGGAAAAAGGAAAGCAAAUUGAUCAAUUCCACCCAGCCUGGCGAAGAAAAAACAGAGGAAAAAUCAGGGGAGUAAAAUUAUGUUUAAGAGAAUCUACCAUCCAUUAGUGGCUUUUUCUUUCAUCACCAUGCCUCCUCCCAGUUCACACACAAAUGUACACACACACAUUUAUUGGGUUAUUAUUCCUUUGUUGUUGUUGUUGUUAUGCAGAUAUUUCCAAAGGCUUAAUUAAAAUAUGUACAUAUUUAUAUAUCUAUAUAUGUUUUCAGUAAACUGUGGAUUUCUGUAUCAGUAGAAUUAUGGACAGUAGAAAAUCUUAGCAAUAUUCAGAAUUCCGCCCUGGUAGAUUUAGGUGCUUAAAUGCUUCUGACAUGAGCAAUGCCUUUAUUUCCUUUUUUGAAAGAAAAAAAUGUGUUUGUAUAUAACUCAUUUAAUGGUCCUUCUACGCAUUAAAAAGGAUCAGACCUGGAUCCAGAGAGGGAUUCUAGAAGGAUAGGGAGCUUCUUCUGCAUAUUUUUCUGUUAACUCAAAACAAAUAGUUGCGCUUUGUUCUACCCUUUUUCAUCUCCAAACUGAACCCAUUUGUUUGGUAAUAAUAUUGAUUUCACUGAGACUUUAUUUGAAUGAUGUUACACAUGGCAUCCUCAUAUAGUUUAAGGAAAGAAAGGGGAAAUGUUAACAUGUAUGCACAAUUCCCAAUAUAUAAUUAGGAUUUUCAAAAGAGAUAAUGGGUGGGAUGGGAAAUAUCAUUCAAAACCUUGCUGAUUAUCUGUUGUAUAUUUUUAUUUUUCUAAAGUAUAGGAUUAUGCCUUUUUUUUAAACAAUUAGUCCUUCUAAAAGGGUAAAAUAUUGUAAAUAGAUAGAGUAGAAAAAGGAAGGCUAGACUUCCUUUGAUAAGAAGAUUACCGGGAUCCAUGUAAUUAUUUAAUAUAAUUGAUCAUGAAGCAUUUUCAUUUCUUCUUCUAUUGACCUAGUUUUAAAUUUCAAUAUCAUGGUAUUGUAGAUGUAUUCUUUCUCCAUUUUUGUUUAAUAUUUUGUUUAAUAUUUUAAUAUUUUGUUUAAUAUUUUAAAGAAAACAAUAUUUAGGGAAGACACCCCACUCCAAAUCUAAAAUAAGAAUGCAUUCAUGUGCUAGAAAAUACAGGUGAAGGCUUUAUUUAGUAGUAGCAGCAUGAAAUUAUAGUAUAGUGCACUGGUGCCAUUAUGUAUAUUAUAUUUUAAUAAUGUGAAGAGGAUAGCACCUGGACUAUAAAUCUAACUCUUAGUAAUAAUAAUAAAAAGGAGUAAUUCACGUUAUCCUAGCUAAACAACACCAUUAUGCUUAUAUUUAUGGGGGGGAAAUGAGGUGGAGAAAAUUUGCAAGCCCUUCAAAUGUUCCUGAAUUCUCCCUUUCUCUGUGUCUCUUAAAAGCCCAUGAAAGAAUUCUAUUUAAAAAAAAAACAUUGCAGGAGCUUUCUAUUGAAUACAAAUUUAAAAUCAGCACUGACUUUAAAAUACCUCUACUUCUCCUUCCUCUUGAAGUUGCUGCUCAUUUACUAUUGUUACAGAGAAUCAGUUUUUUAAUUGUUAAUUUUGGUACCUAAUUUCCAAAGAAAUAUAUACUGAAUUAGUUUACACACACACACACACACACACACACACACACACGCGGCAUCCUAUAGUGUGUGUGUGUAUGUUCCCAACACCCCCAUUUUUGCUAUUUUUUCCUUAAUCUAAACCCCAUAAUCCCUAACAAUUUGUACUUAAUAAUGGGAUUGUAAGAGAGAUGUCAUAAUUUUGCUAUAAUGGGCUGUAACCCCAAUUCGACCUCAGCCUUGCAGCAGCCCCGGGCGGAGAAAGGUGAAGCUCUAACAAGUCUCCAGAGGGUGGCGCACGAGGCCGACUGACAGUCAGGAGCUGGUAACGGGCUCGCGCGCCAGGCGCGCGCCCCAGCCCUCUAGCAUCCACCCAACUCCGCCAUUUAGUACGCGAGUUUACCUCUAGAGGUCAUCAGGCAGGAUUUACGACUGGACAACAAAAGCACGUGAUAUGAAGUCGUACCCCAUAUUUGGGUGCCUACGUAGGAGGGAACCAAGUACUUGUCCCAGUCAUUUCCAUAAUUCAUCAUAAAUUGUGCAAGGGUGUUAUAGACGCACCAAAAACGAAGCAAAGAGCCACAAAUCAAGGCCCCCCGAUUAAAAAAAAACCAACAACAACAA